GGUGCCAUCACGGUGAAAGAUCCGCAGUGCCCAUUUUAGUAUUUGCCAGAUGCCUGUCAGAUGGCAGAGGUGGGCUGGAUAGGCUUGCAGUCACUAGGAUACACGUUCAGGGAUGGGGAAGGCAGACAUAGGCUUGCUGCGCCAGUUAUUGGAGCCUAUGACAGUCGCUUCUGCAUUGCCCACAGUGGAUCUAUAACCCUUGUAUAAAGAAAAGAUGUCGGGCCAGACGCUGACAGAUCGGAUCGCAGCUGCACAGUACAGCGUGACAGGCUCAGCAGUGGCCAGGGCAGUCUGCAAGGCGACCACUCAUGAAGUGAUGGGGCCCAAGAAAAAACACCUUGACUUCUUAAUCCAAGCCACCAAUGAGACAAAUGUCAAUAUUCCUCAGAUGGCAGACACGCUGUUUGAACGAGCUACAAAUAGCAGCUGGGUCGUUGUGUUCAAAGCCUUAGUCACAACUCAUCACCUAAUGGUUCAUGGUAACGAGAGGUUUAUACAAUAUCUGGCAUCUCGCAACACCCUCUUUAAUCUUAGUAAUUUCUUGGAUAAAAGUGGCUCACACGGUUAUGAUAUGUCAACAUUUAUACGGAGAUACAGUAGGUACCUCAACGAAAAAGCCUUCUCCUACAGACAAAUGGCAUUCGACUUUGCAAGAGUAAAAAAGGGGGCUGAAGGUGUCAUGAGAACAAUGCUUCCAGAGAAACUGCUAAAGGGCAUGCCAAUACUACAAGGGCAAAUUGAUGCCUUGCUUGAGUUUGAUGUACAUCCAAACGAACUAACAAACGGUGUUAUAAAUGCUGCUUUUAUGCUUCUUUUUAAAGAUCUUAUCAAGUUAUUUGCUUGUUAUAAUGAUGGAAUAAUUAAUUUAUUAGAAAAAUUUUUUGAAAUGAAGAAGGGUCAGUGCAAAGAUGCUCUUGAAAUUUAUAAGCGAUUUUUAACAAGAAUGACCCGGGUGUCUGAAUUCAUGAAAGUUGCAGAGCAAGUUGGCAUUGACAAGGGAGAUAUUCCAGACCUUACCCAAGAUGGCUGCAUCGAUGAACCGGCCCCAAGCAGCUUACUGGAAACUCUAGAGCAGCAUUUAAAUACACUGGAAGGCAAGAAACCUGGAAGCAGUGAAGGAUCUGGAUCUCCAGUUGGGAAGUCAUCUCCUGCAACAACCGUCACGUCGCCUAAUGCAACCCCAUCUAAAACAGUAGACACCUCACCACCUAUCGACCUUUUUGCAACUGCAAGUGCAGCAGCUGCAAUAUGCUCACCGAAACUGUCCAAUGAUCUUCUGGACUUGCAGCCAGACUUCAGCUCUACUACAGUAUCUGCUUCAGCGUUGCCUGGAGGUGCUAGUGCAUGGGGAGAUCUUUUGGGUGAGGACUCUCUUUCUGCACCUUCUGCUUCUACUGUUACCUCAGAGGCUCCUCAGCUUUCAGAUCCUUUCUCAGCUGAACCCAGUGCAUCUAUUGCUGCUCCAAGUGAAACUACAAACUCUUCAGUUUCUGCAGCAGCUACAAAUAUCCCUACUAGCUCAGCUGAGGUUGAUCUUUUCGGAGAUGCCUUUGCUGCUUCUCCAGGUGAAGCCACUGCAACACUAGAUGGGGCCGCUGCACCACCCACCCCAGCCCCUGUUGCGGCAGCCCUUGAUGCAUGUUCGGGACACGACCCCUUUGCCCCAUCUGAAGGUAGUGCAGAAGCUGCUCCUGAGCUGGACCUUUUUGCUUUGAAGCCAACAGAAACCAGUGCUCCUGUAGUUACCCCCACAACUAGUGCAGCCUCUACAGUUCUUGCAACUACUCCUUCUCCUCCUCCUCCUCCUGCUGCAGUAGCUGCUGCUGCUGCUGCUACUACUACUACUACUACCACUACUACAACUGCUACUACCACUGCUGCCACCACAUCUGCCAGCACCACCACCACAACUACUGCUCCUCCUGCUCUAGAUAUAUUUGGUGACUUAUUUGACUCUGUUUCGGAGACCCCUGCUGCGACUAAGCCCGAUGCUGCGCCUAGCAUAGACCUGUUUGGCACAGAUGCUUUCUCAUCUCCGCCACAUGGGGCCUCCCCUGUGCCAGAGGCUUCCCUCACAGGAGACCUCUUGUCUGUCGACACUUUUGCAGCUCCUGCUGCUGCCCCUGCUGCUUCUCCUGCAAAGACGGAAUCUUCAGCUGUACUCGACUUAUUUGGGGAUGCUUUCGGAGGAGUUGCCGAGCCACAACCAGCAGCCAUGGCACCUACUAGUUCAUCAGCUUCUGCAGACCUGCUGGCUGGAUUUGGAGGCUCCUUCAUGGCGCCCUCUCCUACGCCGAUUACUCCAGCACAGAAUAACCUCAUUCAGCCAAGCUUUGAUGCAGCCUUUGUCACAAGCCAGCCUGCCGCUUCCGCCAGUUCUUUUGAUGCUUCAGUGUUUGAUGGUUUAGGAGACCUUCUCAUACCAACUAUGACCCCUGCAUCUCAGCCAUCAUCAUCUUUAACCCCAUCAGCAGGGAAUGCUGGAGCAGCAGGCAAAGCUCUUGGAAGUGACCUGGAUUCUUCUCUUGCAAGUUUAGUAGGCAAUCUUGGAAUUGCUGGGACCACAGUUAAAAAGGGUGAUCUUCAGUGGAAUGCUGGAGAGAAGAAGUUGACUGGAGGUGCCAAUUGGCAACCAAAGGUAGCACCAGCCACAUGGUCAACAGGUGGCCCAUCAAGUUCCCCUAUGCAAGGAUCUACUCCUCCUGUGAGUGGUGUCCCCCCAGCAGCAAGUGCUGCACCCAGCACACAGCCAGUUGCAGGGUUUGGUCUACCAUCUGGAACAGGGGUGCCAAUGAUGCCCCAGCAGCCAAUGAUGUAUGGUCAGCCUAUGAUUAGACCGUCGUUUGGCGGAGCUGCUGUUCCCGGCGCACCACUUUCACCAAGUCCUUCUCCUGCUUCUCAAAGUCCCAAGAAACCUCCAUCGAAGGAUCCAUUAGCAGAUCUCAACAUCAAAGAUUUCUUGUAAUCACUUAAGAUGCUAUUUUUUUUUUGUGACAAGAAAAUGUGAGUCUGGAGCCUAUGAAGAACCGACUGCUGCUCAGAGUGAGCCACCAGUACCAAACCCAGUGCUUAGAUUUUUUCUCUCUUCUGAAAUGUGUAGCACAGCUGUGAAAGUAAACAUUAGUCCUCUGUACUACCUUAGUCCUUCUCUGCUGCUCAAUAUCAUUUUUUGUGCAUUUGGGUUCCCUCUGUUUGCCCAUUUCUGCCGCUGGAUGUACCUUCCACAUUCCUUUUUAGUGAGUUUAAGUAUCUCUGCUGGGAACAGGAUAUGCAGCUACUGUAUUGAAUGCUGAGCUGUGUGGUGCAAUGUGUCUGUGUAUCAAAGGUUACAAUGUACAUAAUGUUUGGACAUCCCCUUUAUCAUUCUCUCUGUUAUAAAAUAUUGUGUGAUACAGGAAACACUCCAAUACAAGCCCUAUGUGUGUGUGUGUGUGUGUGUGUGUAUGUGUGUGUGUGUGUGUUUGCUUGUGACCUACCCACAGGAAUAUCAAUUUUGGGGGGAAUUUUUUUUUUUUUGUGGUACUGUAUAUGUUUGAAUAUUUAUAAUUUAAAGUAAUAUAAAAUACAAAUUGGACCACAUAUUGAGCUCUGGGAGUGAUCAUAUCUGGAUGGAAAAGACAUAUCAGAACAAAAUCAGGAUUAUUAAUUUUUAUUUAAAAAGGAUCUAUAUUUUAAUAUUUUUCAAAAGUGUUUUUUGUUUGCUUUGCGCUUCCAUGUUGGCCUAGCAAGCCGUUAUUCAUAAUUGGGUUAAAUGUGCUCUCGCUGUAGUAUAGAGCAGCGGUAGGCAUACUUUCCAUUUGUCAUUCAGUCUGUAGUAUCUGUAGUCAGCCAAAGGAUUUCUUUUCUUUUACUUUUUUUUUUUUUUUUAAACAUUUUAAGUUUUAUUGUCCCUUUAAUGUGUGUAUUUGCUUUGUGUUGUUUUCAUAAUGUUUUUUCGCCCCAUCGUUUCCUGAUUUCUCUGUAAGAUUUUGUACUGUACCGUGCGUAUUGUGCAAAUUUGGCUUUGUUUCACACACCCCCGUUCUGUGCCGAUAGCUUGGCUUGCGGUUUGGCGCAAAGAAAAAGGUCACUGUUGAUCAGUGUUACAAGUGGCUUUGGCAGCUGUAUGUAGAUGUAUGUCAGAUAGGGAAGAUGUUCACCUGUUGUCUUUCAAAUUAACUAUUUAAUCAAUGGUUGUAACUGAAUUUACUGUGGGGGAAAACAUACACUCUAAAUGGGGGGGAGGGAAGAGUAUUUAAAAUCAAUUUCAAAAUGGCUUUCCUUUGUAUCUUGGUUUAAAGACCCAGCGCAUGUAUGCCCUGUGAGAUGCAAUAAACACCUGAACAAAAGCAAUCACA